GCGAUGAUUAUCCAAGACUCCAUAUUGCGUGACGAAGUCGACGAUCGUCCGGGCAUUAUCUCUCGAUCAGCUGCUUUUCUCUGAAUUUUCCUGUAAAUCCCAGCCGUGUCGCGAUGGCAACUGUAACUAGACUUCUUGUGGGACGUGUUGGUACCCUGGCCAAGGCAUCAACUGCCUCCAAUCUGCGUCUGUUCUCCUCUGCUCCGGCGUAUGAAUUUAUCAAGGUGGAGAGGUCCGGAGAGAAGAGCAAUGUUGGUGUGAUCACCCUCAAUCGCCCGAAAGCCCUCAAUGCCCUGUGCAAUGGAUUGAUGACGGAAGUCAGCAAGGCUCUCGAUGACUUCGAGACUGACAAAUCCGUGGGUGCCAUUGUUAUCACAGGGAGUGAGAAGGCCUUUGCUGCUGGGGCUGACAUCAAGGAAAUGCAGAAUAACACCUAUUCCCAAUGCAUUCUCGGCAACUUCCUGCAAGACUGGACACGUGUGGCCAGGACCCAGAAGCCAGUGAUUGCAGCUGUCAAUGGAUAUGCUCUGGGAGGUGGAUGUGAGCUGGCCAUGAUGUGUGAUAUCAUCUAUGCCGGUGACAAGGCAAAAUUUGGCCAGCCGGAGAUUGCAAUUGGAACAAUUCCUGGCGCUGGAGGUUCCCAGAGGCUCACUCGAGUUGUCGGCAAGUCCAAGGCCAUGGAGAUGUGCUUGACUGGGGACAUGAUCACAGCCCAGCAGGCAGAGCAGAUGAACCUGGUCAGCAAAGUCGUUCCAGCGGAUAAACUUCUGGAGGAAGCUGUGAAGCUUGGAGAGAAAAUCUGCAAACACUCUCCGCUGAUUGUGGCUCUCUGCAAGGAAGCCGUGAAUACAGCAUACGAGACUACUCUGGCAGAAGGACUGAAAUUCGAACGUCGCCAUUUCCAUGCCACCUUCAGCACCAAGGAUCGUCGCGAAGGGAUGACGGCAUUCGUUGAGAAACGCCCUCCAGUCUUCACCAGUGAAUAAUCUUUUGCCUUUUACAAUUUGGGUGGAUUUUUGCCCCCUGGAACUGUUGCAUUUAUAAUCUUUAAGAUUAAAAUUUCUUCCCCAUUUGUUAUACCUAAAAAAACCUCCCUCAAAUUUCUGCA